CUUUGGGUCCAACAAAGCCCACUCCAUGCUUCGUCAGGCUAAACGACGCCGAGUCGUCGAUCGAGUCCCUCGUCUUCUUCUACAACUGAUAGUACAGUAGUAGGAACAACAAACCCUACGAAAACUUCUCUGAACCGAACAGCGUAACCGCACAAAGAGAGGCCUUUCGGUCACUAGAGACUAGAGGUCCGACCCGAAUGGACACGGACGGUGCACCGGUGGAGCUCGACGUCGAAGAACCAAAAGUACCGGAAGAUGCGCCACCGUCGGGUGGCGGCGGAGGCGGAAUUGCUGAGAAAACACCGGAGGAGCUGAUAGCCAAAGCCAUAGCCCCCGUGAAGAGAGAGUUUCUCCGUCCUCCGCCUAUCAGACCUUGCAGUAACAGUAACGAAACGAACGACGCGGCUUCUGGUACCAAGUCUGCUCCAUCUUCAAGCCUUCUGAAGGAGAAGAAAUCUAAACGGCAACUCAAAAGAGAGCGCCUUCAGGAAAAGAAAUCUGCGCUACAUCUAUGUCCAGAGGUAGCAAGAAGUGGGGAUGCUAGCUCAUGUCGUUACAAUGAGAAGUGCCGCUUCAGCCAUGAUGUAGAAGCAUUUAAGGCUCAGAAACCAGAUGAUCUAGAGGGAGUGUGUCCUUUCAUGAGUGCUGAAGUUCCAUGUCCUUAUGGUUUGGCAUGUAGGUUUUCAGGUACUCAUAAAGAUGGCUUCUCUGCUGAUUUGAAUGGUCGGAAGGAAAACCCUGAAAUGAAUGGUUUGAAAAAAGAUGUGCAGCAUCUUCUUUGGAAAAACAAAAUGAGGUUCCCAAAGGCAGACGCUCAACUAAAACUUCUUGGCCUUAUGGGAAAGAUCAAUUCAAAAAGCAAAACGUCCUCAGAUAAAGAGGAAGGUGAAAAAGCUACUUCAAAUGGGUCAUCCGUUAAUGAUAAGAAUGGUUCUGAUGUAGUGGCAUGCGACUCAAAUAUUCAAACUGAUGACAAUCCGCAACUACCCAAGGAAGAGGAUUACGCUGCUCCGACAUUUGCAUCUGAUGAGCUUAGUAGACCAAUGAAGAAAGUGAAAUCUUGUGCAGAUGAAGAUUAUUGUCCUGAGGAAUUAGACAAUGGUCACAUUGUGCUGGAGAAAGAUCUUGAGAAAAGCUGUUCUCAAACAGAAUCAGGAACUACGACUGAGUGUAUUUCGACAGAAACCGAUGGAAGCCUAAAGUCACACCCCCGAGAGAAGAAGCUUAUUGAUUUCAGAGAAAAGCUCUAUCUUGCACCCCUGACCACAGUUGGGAAUCUUCCUUUCCGUAGGGUUUGCAAGGUUUUAGGAGCUGAUGUGACAUGCGGUGAGAUGGCAAUGUGCACAAAUCUUUUGCAGGGUCAAGCUUCAGAAUGGGCGCUGUUGAGACGUCAUUCCUCUGAGGAUUUAUUUGGGGUUCAAAUAUGUGGGGCAUAUCCUGACACAGUCACACGAACUGUUGAACUUAUAGACCAGGAAUGUACAGUGGACUUCAUUGAUAUCAACAUGGGGUGCCCGAUUGAUAUUGUUGUCAAUAAGGGUGCUGGAUCAGCUCUCCUCAUGAAACCAAUGAGGAUGAAAAGCAUUGUACAAGCAACUUCUGCCACAGUUGACAGACCUAUCACUAUCAAGGUACGAACAGCUUAUUUUGAGGGAAAAAACCGCAUCGAUUCAUUAAUUGAAGAUAUUGGACAAUGGGGAGCCAAUGCUGUAACAAUACAUGGGCGAUCGCGCCAGCAACGCUAUAGUAAGCUUGCUGAUUGGGAAUACAUCUACCAGUGUGCAAGAAAGGCUCCCAAUGCUUUGCAAGUCCUGGGAAACGGUGAUGUCUUUUCAUAUUUAGACUGGAAUAAGCACAAGUUUGACUGCCCAGAGCUUUCUACAUGCAUGGUUGCUCGAGGAGCGUUAGUUAAGCCUUGGAUAUUUACUGAAAUCAAAGAACAGAGGCACUGGGACAUAAGUUCCGGAGAACGGUUAAGUAUUUUGAAGGAUUAUGCUCGCUUUGGGCUAGAACAUUGGGGUUCUGAUGCUAAAGGAGUGGAGACAACUAGGCACUUCUUGUUAGAAUGGCUUAGCUACACAUGCAGGUACAUUCCUGUUGGUCUUCUGGAUGUCAUCCCACAACGAAUGAACUGGCGGCCACCCUCGUACUUCGGUCGUGACGAUCUUGAAACACUAAUGGCUUCUGAUUCUGCGUCUGACUGGAUUAAGAUAUCUGAGAUGUUACUUGGCAAGGUUCCUGAUGGCUUUACAUUCGCACCAAAGCAUAAAUCAAAUUCUUAUGACAGAGCAGAAAAUGGGUGAUUUGAAGCAGCUAAUGUGGCAGUUCUCAUUUCAAGGAAAUAGUUGUUGGAGCAUAUCGCCCGAUAUGCAAUGGAGCAAGCUUGUUUUCAGCCCGCUCUAUCCAACAGUUUUAGUGUGGUUGCUCACUGCCGGGUUUAAAGAGAUUAAGGGAGUAAGCUUAUUUGAAUGACUUGUUUGACAUUGACAUUAAAUGGCUGAUUUGAUGAUCUCCAAGCCGUGUAUUUUAGUGGUUAAGGCACCAUUUGUGGAAAACUCUACCAAUAAAUAACUAAAUUCAGAUGAAUUUAUUUCUCAGGUUUACAA